UGAAUUUUCUGAUUUUUUUUUCAAAUUUUCUUUUUGAAAUUCGAAAAUUCAUUUUGAAACUAUUUUUUAUUUUUAUUUUAAAUUAAGUGUUUAAUUAUAUAUUUAUUAAUUGCCUAAACUCUAUAUUCCAAAAAUCAUACCCUUAACUCUAAACUGUAAAUCUAUAUUAGUUAUCCAUAGGGUUAUAAAUGUAUUUUUCUCUCUUUAAAAUAGAGGAUAAAAAUGGUUAAGAUAAACAUGAAAGUAAUAUUAUGAACGUGAUAUUUUUGGUAAUUUCUCAAAUAUAUCCCGUAAUAAUAUAUUAUCUCUGUUAUUAAAAAUGAUUUUUGAUUAUUUAUACAUACUAAAAAUAUUUAUAUUCUUAUAUUUCUUUAUUAAUUUUUAUUUUAAUUGUUUAAUUGUUUUAUCUGUUUCUUAAUAAAUAUUUCACCACUUAUUUUUGCAGUUUAUGUUAUGUUUUAUUUUAUUUUCAAAUACAACAACUAAAGUUUUAAAUUUAAAAAUGUAAAUUCAAUCUUUGAAAAAUAGGAGUAAUUUCAAUUAAGUUGAAUCCUUUGUAUAAACACACGGAACAUCAAUUUGUCCGCCGUAUUAUACUUUGCACAAUUAGUUUUUGGCUUCAAACGUAAAAGAGAAAGAGAGUUCACCCUCGAAAACUUUCCUAAAAUGGAAAGUUCUAUUCUCCUUGAUCGCAGCUUUUCCUAGCCAUUCGGCAAUCAGAAGAAACGCGCAGGCACGGUUGUCCUAAUAUCUUUUAGCAGCACUGUUUUCAUAAUUAAUACACCUUAAUAUUAUUUUUUUGACACCCCUAUUAUAUCUUAUAUAUAUAAUAUAUAUAUUCAUUAAGUUCAUGACUUAGUAUACUAUCUUCGUUUAAAAUUGGACGUCAUUUAAGAUUAUUUCAAAAAAAUAAAAUUAAAUAUUCAGUUUUAUUUUUAUUUGAUUAUUAAAAUUUUAUAGGCUAGACCUAACUUCGAGAUUUAAAGAUGAUUCUUUGUCAACAAAAGUAAAAAGAGAUUUGAAGAUGAUUGGCAUUUGUAGUAUUAAAAAUGCGAAAAUAAAUAAUACAAAGGUAGAUUUGUUAUAAGCAUAUAUAUAUAUAUUAAAAAACAUCAUGGAACUUUGAAUUCCUGCCAAUCAGAACCAAGCCGUCACCAUCACUAAGAUUAAUUCUUUUUCUGUUUAGGAAACCCUUACCUUAAAUGGUCUAUUCAAGGAACCCCAACAUGAAAGCUAGUAAUACAUACUUAUAUUCGAUUUCACGGACGUUUUAUAUUCACGAAAAGAUUACUUUUCUUUAUUUCGAAUCUUGCAUAAUCAGACCGUGAUUAUUGUUAUCUCCUUUGUAAUCAAACCAUAUAUAUACAUAACUUUAUUUUUCACGAUAUUGAAAAUAAGGUAAUAAAUUCAUAAAUGUACUCUUAAGCUAGGGUUCUAUAGUCUUUUUUUUUUUUUUGUAAUUCUACCUGCUUUAUGAAGAUUCACCUUGAGUAGUCAUAUGAGAUUCAUUUCUGACGGUACUCCUUGCGUUGAAGAUCUCUUGUAAGUAUUUUCUCUAAUUUUCUGCAUAAUUCGCCUUACUUCUUCCUGUAGAAAUUGCGUUGUCUGGAGUUCAAACCCCAAACCUAGGUGUAAAAACCUUUAAACCUUGACCACUAUGCCACAGUGCUUCCACCAGGGUUCUCUCCGCCCCUAGUAUUUUAGAAGUACUUUCAUAAUGACAUGUAUCAGUGUCAACCUAUCAAUAUAAAUUGAAAAAAUUGCCUAGACUAACCUAUGAUUUAUAAAAAAUAACUAGAGUACCCCAUCAAAUUUGUUAUUAUUCACAUAACCUAUUUAUAAAUUAAAUAAUUUAAUCAUUUAAUAUUCCGAGAACUACCCUUUUAAAACUUGAUUUCAGAUUAUAAAUCAAAAUACUCUUAAUCUCCCUCAGUCAUUUCUUGAUGCCACAAAGAUUCAAUACGGCAAGGUGAGUGGAAUAGCAAAUACCAUAUAACUUCAUAUCCAUUUGCCAUCUGAUCACAAAACAUAAAGAUGAUAACAUAUAUCAUCUCACGUCAGUGCAUAACAUAUACAUGCUCAAAAAUGAGAUAUCUAAAUCUCCUAAGUCCCAAAUUUAAGAUGUUGAUAAAUUCAAGAUAUUAAUGCCUCCACCUCCCCCCACUAAUCUCACGUUAUAUUAUCAGCCUUAAUGAAAGAUUUAAAGCUAAUCAAAUUGCCUUUCAGACUUUCACCUCAUGCUCACUUAAUUAUAGCUACCGUUUCAGUCUCUUCAAGUUCACAGUUCCUUUGUGUAUAAAAAACUCUUCUCCACUACAACUCUUCCACCACAAUCUUUCCAAGUUCAAAAUGUCGACCUCACUUCUCCUCGUCACUCUCUUCUUCUUGUCCACAACUAUCUCUUCAUCCACUAGCCCUAACCACUUCACCGUCAAGCUGAUCCACCGUGACUCUCCUCAUUCCCCACUCUACAACCCACAAACCACCGCCACCGACCGUCUCAACGCCGCUUUCCUCCGCUCCAUCUCUCGUUCCCGCCGCUUCAACCACAAAUCCCAAACCGAUCUCCAGUCCGGUCUAAUAGGAGCAGGAGGCGAGUUCUUCAUGAGUAUCACCAUCGGUACUCCACCAACGAACGUCCUCGCGAUAGCCGACACAGGGAGUGACCUAACUUGGGUCCAAUGCAAACCAUGUCAACAAUGUUACAAAGAGAACGGUCCAAUCUUCGACAAGAACAAGUCAUCUACGUACAAGAACGUGCCUUGCGACUCACGUCACUGCAACGCUUUAUCUACCAACGAACGUGGAUGCGACGAGUCUCAAAACGUAUGUAAGUACCGUUACUCGUACGGAGACCAAUCGUUCACUAAAGGAGACGUUGCGACAGAGACCAUCUCCGUUGGCACAGCUUCAGGGUCCCCCGUCUCUUUCCCCGGAACUGUCUUCGGUUGCGGCUAUAACAACGGCGGAACCUUCGACGAGACUGGUUCAGGGAUCAUCGGUCUCGGUGGUGGUGAGAUAUCACUAGUUUCACAGCUUGGUUCGUCGAUUUCAAAGAGAUUCUCUUAUUGCUUGUCGCACAAGUCGUCUACCAUGAAUGGAACUAGCGUUAUAAACCUAGGAACAAACUCGAUACCUUCCGGUACAAGUAAAGAUUCCAGCGUGUUAUCCACACCAUUGGUAGAUAAAGAGCCUCAGACUUACUACUACUUAACCCUAGAAGCUAUCUCCGUCGGCAAAACAAAGAUUCCGUACACCGGAAGCUACGGAACAUCCUCGGCGACAACCAAGGGAAACAUCAUCAUCGACUCAGGAACUACACUGACGCUUCUUGACUCCGGUUUCUACGACAGGUUUGGCGCGGCGGUGGAAGAGUCCGUUACUGGAGCCAAGCGUGUGAGUGAUCCACAAGGGCUUUUGUCGCACUGUUUCAAGUCCGGUAACGCGGAGAUAGGUUUGCCGGAGAUAACUAUGCAUUUCACCGGCGCUGACGUGAAGCUGAGUCCUCUCAAUGCGUUUGUGAAAGUGAGUGAAGAUAUGGUCUGCAUGAGUAUGAUUCCGACCAAUGAGGUUGCCAUCUAUGGGAACUUCGCUCAGAUGGAUUUUCUGGUUGGGUAUGACUUGGAGACGAGAAGGGUGUCGUUUCAACGAAUGGAUUGCUCCGCUGGUUUGGGACUUUAAACGGCUACAGGCUUCGUUUUAUAUUAUCCAUAAUUAUUAAUAUCAUAUGAGGACUAUGUUAUGGAGAUAUAAAAUCAUAAUCAGAGUUUUAAAUAAAUGUGACACCAUUCUUCUCUUUCAUAGUUUGUGACUGAAUGAAACUAGCUCCAAAGUACAACUUGGAAAAUAUGAAAAACAAAGAAUUAGAAAAUUAUUCAGAUCCUUUAUAAAAUAUUAGUCUACAAUGGUAUACAGACUUUAUAGUUAAUAUUCAGAAAAUACUCUCCAUUGUUACUAAUACUAUUUAUGGGGAUAUAUAUAUAAAAUCAUAAUCCAAGUUCUUAAUAUGUGACACCAUUCUCUAUAGUUUCUCUUUGAUAGUUUCUGAUUGAAACCAGCUCAAAAUUACAUGGAAUAUACAGAAAUUUAUUCAGAUCUUUCUUAUAAAAAUAUUACAGUGUUUCUACAAUAAUCAUAUACAUUUUAGUUUCACAUUCAGCUCAAAUGAAAAGUUUUAACCAAUACAAGAAAGAUCAUAAAAAAAAAAAACUCAAAGCCAAAAAAUACAGAAAGAGAAA